AGUAAUCCUGCACUCAAUCGCAAAUGGCUUCGUUUCCUGACUCCGAUCUUCAGACGUGCCCUCUUUGUAAGGAAUUGUGCGGCUCCUCUGCUCCAAUAUCGUCCAACUCAUCUACCUCAUCAUCUUCGUCUCAUACCUCAAGCUGCUCUACCUCAUCUUACAGAAGGCUCCAUGUUCUACCCUGUCUCCACGCCUUCUGUAGGCAGUGCCUAGAAGGGCAACGCAGUCCUGGCGACCCCUUGAAACUUCGGUGCCCAACUUGUGACCAAAAAGUCUCCAUCUCCGAGUCCGGGGUGGACGCGUUGCCAUCGUCGAAUUUCCUCUUCAGCAAUCUGCUGGACGUUGUGGUUUCCACCGAGGAGCAGAAUAAGACCAAUUGCAGGGGGCACAGCCACCCCCAUGGUGGCCUUCUUCGGCCUCACCACCUCGGGGAACCUCAGUGCAGUUCGUGCGACGAGGGCAACCCUGCUACCUCACACUGCCUGGAUUGCCAGGACUACCUCUGUGAUAACUGCAUGCGUGCACACCAGCGAGUCCGGUUGACCAAAGACCACUUCAUCGAACAGUUGCUGGAGAGCUUGCAUCUCACCAGCCGAACCAAUAACUCCAACACUCCAGUGACCCUACCCCAGUCCUACCACUCAAACUACUCGCUGCUUCCCGUCUUCCCGGACCGGACAAGAUACUGUCAGCAACACGACAAUGAGGUGUUCCGCUUCUUCUGUGACACGUGCUCCGUGCCCAUCUGCAGGGAGUGCAGCGUGGGGCACCACAUGGGCCACAGCUUCAUCUACCUCCAGGACGCCCUGCAGGACUCCCGCUCCAUCACCAUCCAGCUGCUGUCUGACGCGCAGCAGGGCCGGCAGGCCAUACAGCUGAGCAUCGAGAAGGCCCAGGCCAUCGCUGAGCAGGUGGAGAUCAAAGCCAAGGUGGUGCAGUCAGAGGUGAAAGCCCUCACGCUGCGACACAAGAAGGCCCUGGAGGAGCGCGAGUGUGAGCUGCUGUGGAAGGUGGAAAAGAUUCGGCAGGUGAAGGCCAAGGCCCUGUACCUGCAGGUGGAGAAGCUACACCUGAACCUGAGCAAGCUGGACAGCACCAUCACCACGGUGCAGCAGGCUCUUGAGGAGGGCCACGGCAUGGAGAUCCUGCUGGCCCGCGAGCGCAUGCUCACCCAGAUCCAGGACCUGAAGGCCCUGCGGGGGCUUCUGCAGCCCCAGGAGGAUGACCGCAUCAUGUUCACCCCCCCGGACCAGGCCCUCCUCAUCGGCAUCAACUCCAUGGGCCUCAUCAGCAGCGGAGCCUUUGCUCCCAUCACCAAGGCUACUGGCGAAGGCCUGAAGAGGGCGCUGCAGGGCAAGGUGGCCUCCUUCACCGUGGUGGGCUACGACCACGACGGGGAGCUCCGGCUGUCGGGUGGGGAUGGGGUCUCGGCCGUGGUGAUGAGCCCAGACGGGACCCUGUCUGUCGCCGAUGUGACGGAUCACCAGAACGGCUCGUACGGCGUGAGCUACCUGCCCAAAAUGGAGGGAGAGCACCUGGUCUCCGUGCUCCUCUGCAGCCAGCACAUCGAGGGCAGCCCCUUCAAAGUGCUGGUGAAGUCAGGCCGCAGCUAUGGGGCCAUUGGGCUGCCCGUGGCCUCCUUCAGUGGGGAGGGUGAUGGGGAUGGCCAGCUGUGCCGACCCUGGGGUAUCUGUGUGGAUCGGGAGGGCUACGUGGUGGUGGCAGAUCGCAGCAACAACCGCGUUCAGAUCUUCAAGCCCUGCGGAACUUUCCACCACAAGUUUGGCACCCUGGGGUCUCGCCCCGGCCAGUUCGACCGGCCUGCAGGCGUGGCCUGCGACUCUCAGAGGAGGAUCAUUGUGGCCGACAAGGACAAUCAUCGCAUACAGGUGUUCACCUUCGAGGGCCAGUUCCUGAUGAAGUUCGGAGAAAAGGGUUCCAAGAACGGGCAGUUUAACUACCCCUGGGAUGUGGCCGUCAACUCGGACGGCAAGAUCCUGGUCUCGGACACCCGCAACCACCGCGUCCAGCUCUUUGGCCCAGACGGCACGUUCCUGAACAAGUAUGGAUUCGAGGGGGCACUCUGGAAGCAUUUUGACUCCCCCAGGGGUGUGGCCUUCAAUCAGGAGGGCCACCUAGUGGUGACGGACUUCAAUAACCACCGGCUGUUGGUAAUCCGCCCGGACUGUCAGUCUGCCCGCUUCCUGGGUUCGGAGGGCACAGGGAAUGGGCAGUUUCUUCGUCCGCAGGGGGUCGUCGUGGAUCAGGAGGACCGCAUCAUCGUCGCCGACUCCCGAAACCACCGCAUUCAGGUGUUUGAGCCCAAUGGCAACUUUUUAUGCAAGUUUGGGACCCAGGGAAACGGAUUUGGGCAGAUGGACCGUCCGUCGGGGAUCGCCAUUACUCCGGACGGAAUGAUCAUCGCCGUCGACUUUGGCAACAACCGAAUCCUUGUGUUCUGAACCCACAACACCACUCUUUUUGUUUGGAAAAAUAAAUCUGAAGUAGGGGAGAAAGCAUUACAACAGGAAAAAGGGAUUUUAAGGUACACAUUGGAAAAAUCAGCCAUUGCUUCUGGUGAGAGUGUCCAAAGUUUGAGAGAAUCAUUUUUGGUCAUUCUUUUCUCGCGUUGAUCCCUCUAACUCAUCAUAUUUCUGGAUUUUCACAGGCUGUGUGUGAUCAAAUAUAGUUCUGUGUAUCCAUCAGUAACCUGCUAGACAAAAAACUCUCAAUGUCCAUGUGUACCUUAAAAUCUUUUUUGCUGAAUCGUCUCAGGGAAUUUUUUUGCAUUCUUGAAAGAGUUUAUUCUCUGCAUCUACCUCAUCUAACUCAUUUGAAUGUACUUUGUGUUUGUUGUGCAAAGAUUUAGUCCGUAAAAAAUUUUAUAAAGAAGAAAGUAAAAUGUCUACCUCAGUUCUUUUUUAUUUAAGAGAAAAAAGAAAAUGGUUUGGUUUAUAUUUGCACAGCUCGCACAACUUUUCUACAUUGUUACUGUGCACAUGAAGCAAUUUAAAAACCUCUAUAUUGCUGACAAUGUUCAGACACAAGGCCACAUGUUUAGGACAGAAUGAGUGUAGAAAUUUUGAUUAAUCUACUAUUUUGGUGCGUGUUGUUCAUUGAUAUUUUAUUAUAAAUAGGUCUCCAUUUACUUUAUAACUUGACAUAACUCAGACAUUUGUAUACAAAUGUUAUUUACUGGAAACUGCAGCUCUGUUCAACCCACGUCAUACUUUACUACUGGUACUGGUACUAAUACAGUAUUGCAGUAGAAAUAAGACGAUUAAUUAACAGGCAGUAUAAACGGUUAACUCCGGUUAACGGUCUUCACACAGCUUUAAAAAAACCAUUUUGUUAAGUACAGUGUUUUAAUCUUAUCAUUUAUCUUGAGUAUGACCCUCAUAUAAAGACAAGCCUUUAAAGAAUAUGAUUGGCAUUACCAAUGUCCUUGAUAAAGUAGUACAAAUAGUGUAAACCCCAAAGAAUGCGCCUUCUCUCUGUUUGCAGCGCACCUUACUAGAGAGAAUGAAUGACUUUCAUAAAGAAACAGAUGUUUCUUUUAACUGUCUUUCUGGAAACUUGCCAAAAAUGUUUUAUUUGGUGAGGAGGAUUAUUGUUGUAUGAAGAUUUCCUCAGGUUGCCUGAAUGAACCAGUAUCUAGAGCACAAGGGUGCAUUUGCCAACAUGUAGUUCUCAAGACUGCCGAAAGAACAGCCAGCAGGCUUACACAUGUAAUGGGCUGUGGGAGAUUUUUGGAUUUAAUCCAAACCUUGUAGCACUGUGGAGUACAUUUAUAUUUAUUGAUUUCCUUUAAAGUCUAGAAAGACCAGGCCUAUAAUGGUAGUCUGGCUCAAGGAAAAUACCAAAGUUAGAAUAGCAGCACAAACUACUUCUUAAGGCUGGCUGAUCAACUUUUUAACUUUUGUCUUUUUAAAAUAAUUGUUGACUAUUUGGUCGUGCCCCCCGACUCCCACCAGAGAAGUACUUUUGAUCAGUUGAGCAGAGACAUGAAUUGUUUGUUCAUGUCUUAAUCAUUAGAAGUAUGAAAGUAGAAGUAUACUUUUGAAACGGGACAUAAAUUUAUUUUUAGUCAGUUGGAAUUUGGAUAUGGUUAGUCCAGUUAAAAUAAGAAUCAUAGCAUAAAAUAAAAGUAAGAAACAUGGCACUCACAUGGAUUUUGCAAGAAUUUCUCGGCCCUGCAUUGAUCUGUGUGCCUUUUUCUCUUUAGUCAGAAAUUUUGUCCUGUCUGGCUCAUUUAGGUUUGUGUUUGCUGUUGAUUUAAGUAAGCAAGCAGGAAUUUAAGUCAUUAUCUUUGUUAUGUUAAAUAUAUUUUCUGUUUGUUUUUCAUUUCCAGAAGGGUUCAGGUUGUGCACUGUAAAUGGUUUAUUUCAGGUGGUUUUAUGUCAUGUUAAACAAUGACAGCACUAAAUGAUUACAAUUUCACUGGCUGCUUCUGCACCACAGCGCUUUAAGACCCUGGAUUAAGAUUUCUUAUGUUUGAGCUAACUAAAGUUUUUGUGGAGUGGAAAGAAGGAAGAGUUUUCCCCUUUAUAAUUUAGCAUUAAAUCCUAAUUUACUGAAAGCCCGUCUUCGGACAAGGCAUUUUCUUGAAGUGUUUUAGCUGACUUGGCUGUCCUUCUUUGGCCUGUCACACAGGUUUCGAACAGUUAUGGUCCAGAAAUGUUGGAAGGCCUGGAUUUGUUUAAUCUGAAACCAGCUAUGCAGGAUCUGACAUUCUUCAUGUCUGAACUCUGUAUGUGGAAAUACCUACAUUGGCGAGUAGCAGGAAAGCAGGUCAUACUCACCUGGCCACACCAGGCAUGCUGCAUGGAGCGCAGUGACUUAUUGGCAUGCAAACACUUAAGUGUAAUUGGAGGAACUGCCCUUCAAAUUACUACAGGGGGUGGGUUCAGACGUUUGUGCUCAUUGUUGUGCCUUUUAUUGUGGAAGGAGGAUAAUGAGUAAGGGUUUUUCAGUGCAGUUCUCAUCAUAGUGGAAAUGGUGAGGGCUGGAUGGUCAGAGUUUCUGAGAUCAGGUUAUGUGACUGAGUUGGAGAAGUGACAUAGUUAUGAGAGGAUUGGUUGAUGAUUACUAUAUGGCUUUGAGCACCAUCUUGGUGUCCUCCUAUUAGGCUAGAUCGAAGUCUCAUCAAACAGUAAAGUAUCUCAGCAUCUUUUUCUGCUUCACUGAUCCUACUUCAUCUUAAGCACAAUGGCAUCUCAUUGGAAUGAAUGUAUAAAUGUGGAUCUGGCAUUGAUGCAAUGAGAACAGUAAAAUACUUUUGAAGUUCAGUCAGGAGACUUUUGAAUCAAGUAAAGGAUGUUUGACACCUAUUUACCAAGUAAGUAGCACAUUGUGGAAUUGUGAUGAAGCAAUACAGAACACAGAAGCCCACUGAUUCAAACAGACUAUCUGAAACAAGGGUUCUGAACCCUGGUCCUGGUGGAGUGCUGGGUCUGCUGGUCUUGCUUAUUACAUAACAUUCAAGGUAUCCAUUAAAGCAGGUUACUACAGUUAAUUCAGUUCAGCUGGCUUACUGGGCCUGAAUUGGUUGCUGAUUUUAAGAGGAAAAGAAAAACCACCAGACCCUGUGGCUCUCCAGGGUCAGUGUUUAGAACCUUUAAUCCUGACUGGCAUGAUCCUUCUUGUUUCAGUAUUCACAUACAUGUUAGCUCUGCUUUCAUCUUGUGAAAUUUGAGAUCAUUAGGUCUUCACUCUAUGAGAGGUAAAAAAAAAAAAAGUAUCUCAAUUAACAGCAUUUGUAGAAAAAUAUGGCUGUAAAAAAAGUAUGUUGUGCGUGGCUUUGAAUAUUAGUGUCUUCUCCCUUGAUAGAUGGCUUUACAUGGCCCAGGCUGCAUUUAGCAUGUGCCUUAACACUGCUGCAGCUGGAUGCAGGCGGCUUUAACUCAACACUGAUGCAGUGCAGCAUGCAUGGCUACACUUGCAAGAAUCUUUUUAGUCUUAAGAUAAGCCUGACCUUUUUAAGCACAUGCUUAAUCAGUGUACUACCCUUAAAACACUUCUUUAAAUUAAACUGACCACCAUUACUUAAGGGCAUUUAGGAAGUUGUAGCUGCUUGGUGUCUUAUCAGUGUUGAAUGUGUAGCUGUCAUAGUGACAUUAUUUGGGAGUGUAUAGUGUUGAUCUGAUCUCAUAAUGUUAACUAGUCGAAGAGAAAACCAAAAUGAUUUAGAAAUUUGCUGCUUUCUCUCCUUGACUUGAGCAGAUAAUGUAAAAUUCUGUAUUAAGAGAUGACUCAUCAUUAGACCUUAGAACAGCCAGCUUUGUCUUAAUAAAGCCCAAUGCCACUAUAAUGGCUUUUGAGUACAUCGGUCAAGCUGAGUAUCACUCUGAAUAUGUAAUUUAGAAGCUGUGUACAGGUGACUUGGCCAGCAGAGCUGUGUGUUAUUCUGAUUAUUUUCUUUCCUGUCAUAUGGGUUUAAUACCCACCCCCUUGUUCUUUUUCCUUAUGGAUAAAAAGAUGAGUAAAGUAUACCAGCUCAUACUUGCAUGGUCUUAGACCCUUUUUAAUGAUUGUAUCAUAUUAAAAAUCUAUAUAAAUAAAAAAAAGAAAAACUCAGGUAGCUUUCCAGAGCUUUGAUUUGAAGCUCAAUCAGUUAAAUGUUUGUGUCCUGUAGUAACAUAGUAAUUCUUCUGUUAUUUCUUUGUCCAUAUAUACCUCUUGAUGAAACAAAAGAGAAUUGUUUUGUAAAAUUGUGUUCAGUCUCACUUUCUCCAGAUUACCUCUGUUCAAUUUAUGAAUAUACAAAAGAUUGUGACAGCCAUGGAACUAACAGCUGUAUUGUUUUUGAACCUGGAUUAAAUGUUCUCUUUUUUUGUCAUACCACUAGACAGCCAAGAGCAGAUGAUCUGGGUAGGAAGCUUUUUGAUUGCUGUGACAAAAACAGUCCUCCUGACCGUCCAUCCAAAGAUAGAUGCAGGCAAACCUGCUAUGAAGGGGGAGUUUAAAAUGUUUAAAGACUCGAGAUUUGAUAAAUCUACUUUAUUACACUGUAUUAUCCUUAAAGGUAGGCUUUAAGUCUGGUAGCUAUUUGGUACCGCCCCUUCCUAGCCCCUAGUAAUCUGGAAAAACAUUUCCCAGAAUGCACCUCUGACCUCUUGGCUGUUGGUGGUGUGUUUCAGGUAAACAGAAAUCCACUGAAUGUAUCCUCAUGACAGUCCACAGAGAGGCUGUCCUGUGACCGCCUGUGUUUAGCUGACUGUGUCCUUGCCUCCCAGGAGGUCUGCACCCAGGCUGGGAGGUUAGAUAUUUUUAAGAGAGGGGGGUGCUGGAAGUGUUCUCAGAGGGCACAGUCCAGUCCCCCCAAGUCCCCUCCCAGCUUCCUCUCAGGGCUGACUGGAAGCAAAGGUCUCAGAUUCACUCUGAAUCAGGUGAAGGAGAAUAAUGUAUGUUGGUUGUCUGCAACCAUCUCCUGCUGUCUUUGUGGACUUUAAACAUUUUCUAUGCAGUUUUUUAUGUCCUUUGUUUACACAUAAAUAAAGUUGUAUUUCUCGGA